AUGUCCACCUCCUCGUUCGACUUCCCAAAUCCCCUCAACAUGCACCCUGCGCAGCUCAAGUUGUUGCUCUCGCUACUACCCAAGCUGCCCUUGAUAGCGCGGGUAGCCCUUCUCCACGUCCUACACAUGUCCAAGUCCUCCCAGUACCUUGACUUGCGGAGCGACCUCAUCAUCUCGGUCCUACGCUCAUACCUCCAGCCGACCAAGCUACGGUCCAUUACCUCCACCCAGAAGCUCGCCAACCGAGUUAGCGGCGUCAAGGGAAGGAUAUGGGUUUCCACCUACGCCAGCCCGGUCCCGGAAACCGAUGUCCGUGAUGCUCUCGUCGGGGCCAUACAGUCACUGAGGACGCCAGAUACGCCGGAGAUUGAUCUGCAGUUGCCCGAGAUUUUACCCGUCGAGGCUGAAUGGACAGGCUACCGUGCUGGUGCCACGGCCGAUGAACGAGCACCCCAGAUCGGAGAAAAGGAGAAGUAUGAAAAUCUCCAAAAAGAGGCUACCAGUUCCUUGACGGUGUUGUACUUCCAUGGUGGAGCGUACUACCUCCUCGACCCGUCAAGUCAUCGUCCGGCCACCAAGAAGAUAGCCAAACUGACGGGCGGACGUGUGUACUCAGUCCGUUACCGACUCGCCCCGCAGAACCCUUUCCCUGCGGCUCUGCUGGACGCUCUCAUCUCCUACUUGACACUGUUGUACCCGCCUUCCGAUGCCUAUCACCAGCCAGUUGACCCGAGACACAUAGUCGUUGCCGGAGAUAGACAAAACAGAAAAAUCCGCUGGCACGGCGAAGAACGAGACAUCCCACUACCUGGCGGCCUUGCUUUGAACUCGCCGUGGCUCGACAUGACACAAAGUUCACCAAGCUGGGACGCCAACCGAGACUUUGACUACCUUCCGACUGCCGAGGAAUAUGCCAAGUACAACCCGCCACCAUGCGAAGCAUGGCCCGCGAAGCCUCCACGAAUGGCUCUUUAUGCAGACGAUGACCUGUUGGCGCACCCGCUGGUGACACUCGUCAUGAGCCGAAGCUGGGAAGGCGCGCCACCUGUGUUCAUUUGCACAGGAUGGGAACUACUGGCGGACGAGGAUAAGUACAUAGCUCGCAAACUGCACGAGGAAGGCGUGCCAGUGGUGUUUGAAGAGUAUGAGGGGAUGCCGCACUGCUUCUCUCUCAUCCUGACAAAAACGCCGAAUGCCAAGCGCUGCUUCGACGGCUGGACCGGAUUCAUGAAGAAGGUCAUCACGCACCCGGAUACCAUUGACUCAAAGGCCAUCACAGUCAAGGCCAAGACGCUAGAGGAAAUCUCCCUGACCUUUGAGUCUUUGCUGAGCAAUGUUAGCGAGGAGGACAUGCACCAGAGGGUCCUGACGAAGAAGAAGAUGAGCUUGGCAUCCGCUCCAGAAGCAAUACCAAAGCUGUAG